CCUUCUGCUUCCUCCUGUCAGUCACGUGACGCCGUCCAGCCAAUAGGAGAGCAGCUCCUGAUGAACCACGGUGACGCCGAGUGAGUCUUUUCACCUUUGGAUGCUGAGCUCAGGUGUGUUGUGAAGGUGGCAGUUGUCAGGAGUUUAGCGCUUCGGCGAGUUGAGAUCCACCGAAGUUAGUUUCUGUGUGACAGCAGAUGUUUGACUUGAAGAAAGACUGGAGCAUCUCCUUUGCAGGAUGCGGCUUCAUGGGGAUUUAUUAUCUAGGGGCCAUCAGCUGUAUCCUGGAACGGUUCCCUCGCUUCAUAGAAGGCGCCUCUAAAAUCUAUGGAUCUUCUGCAGGUGCUCUGAUGGCUGCUAUUCUAACUCUGGGAAUCCCUUUAGACAAAUGCUGUUCUGAUUUGAUGUUCAUGGCCAAAGAGGCCAGGAAGCACAGACUGGGGCCCCUGCACCCAGCAUACAACCUGAUGCAGAUUGUACAGGACUCUCUGCUGGCAAGCCUUCCAGAGGACGCCCACGUUCGAGCCUCUGGGAGACUCUGUGUGUCCCUGACAAGAGUCCCUGAUGGGAAGAAUCUAAUUGUGUCAGAGUUCAGCAGCAGAGAUGACCUCAUCGAGGCCCUUAUAUGCAGCUGCUUCGUCCCUUUGUACUGUGGGGUUAUUCCACCCACCUACCGUGGAGUGCGCUAUGUGGAUGGUGCUGCCAGUGACAACCUGCCUCGCUGCAACGAGAAUAAUACAGUCACGUUCUCUGCGUAUGCCGGCGAGAGCGACAUCUGUCCCCGAGGCAGCAUACUGAACUUCCAUGAGGUGCGCUUCAACAAUGUCAGCAUCCAGGUGAACUCUGACAACGUGUACAGGGUGACCAGCACCUUCUUCCCACCAGCACCUGAGGCAAUGGCGGAAAUCUGCCACAGUGGCUAUAUGGAUGCUCUCCGCUUCCUGAAAGAAAACAAUCUGAUCAGCAGAGACUGUCCCCUGAGAUGUCUGGAGACACAAUCAUCCAGACCUGCUUGUUGUGAGCUGGAGAAGGAGCCAGCUGAAGCUGAAGAAUCCAAUAAGGACAAACAACAGAGCAGAGGGAAACCGCUUCAAGAAGAUCAUCGGUGGUUGGAUCCAAAGCUCAUAGAGAACCUCCCCAUUAGCAUUCAGAAGGUGUUGUGUGAGGCCUGCAGAGAGACGCAUCCUGCUGGUGGUCUGUUGUCACACAUGACUGAGUACCUGCCAAAGAAAGUGACUUCUUACUUUCAGAACCCCGGAGCUCUGCCUGUUGAGUCGGCCCGCUCUCUAGCCCAGAGACUCGUGGGCUGGAUUCCAGAUGUACCGAAGGACAUGAGUUGGUUCUAUGGCAGGGCUGGAGACGGAAACAAGGAGGCACCUAAGGACAACAUGGACCAGAGCGACAGUGAAUCACCGCUGUGCAGGUCUAGAAGUCUGCCAUUAGGUCUGAACCUGUGGAAUGAAAGUAAAGAAGACAUAAAUGCUUUCCCACUGAGUCUGGACGUCACUCCCACUUCCAACGAUACCUUUACCUGGAAGACGCGCAGCACCUCGGACCUGCCUUUGACUCCACCUCCUACACCCACCACCAACUCUAAGUUGGAUGAAGCCACCGUAACGUCACCACCAAGCGCAGGCAGAGGCUGGGCUUUGGGCAGAGCCGUUCGGUGGCUGCGAAAUAUUGCAUUUGAACCAACAUCAGAUCAAGAAACCGGAUGACUCAGUGUCCUUUCCUGAAUUUAAGUCAAUCUAUUUAAGCAAGCCUGACAAAAAUGUUUUGCAAAUUUUAUUUUAUUCACUGUGCAGGCUCAGCCUUGGUGUGUUUGGCUGUUGGUCUUGCAUUUCUUGCGCAGUCAUUUUGAAAGUGAAAAAAAUAAAUGCAUUUAUACUUAAAAGAAUGGCCAUUUUUUAAUGGUAUGUAUAUGUACUAGUGGUGGACGUGAUUAAAAAAAGUCUAAUUAAUUA